AGUUAUGCCCAUCAAUUAAGAUCACAAAACUUAGUAGUUGCGGAUUAUUGAUCCGCCUGACACUUAUGGUGAGCAUUCAGGCGUAAGCCACGACAUUCAAAUUACAUUUUAAUUGUGCUGGUCAUUAGGGAAUAAUUGCCGCACAUUAGGCUCUUGGCCUGUCAGUUUUUCCAGAAAAACAAAAUGCUUGUUUUGAUUUCAGCCGCAUCGCUUACUAUAAGAUCACGCUAUCCAAGAUGUCAGCAAGGUGAUACAAUCGGAGUACAGAACUAAACAAGGCGGCGCGACGCGAAGCAUUCGAUCUGUACUUAAUGAUAUGGCAUCGUGGAUGACUAACCUCUUAUUAUCUUGUGGUCAGCAGAGGCGAUUCCCCCCAUGAAACCGAAAGGAUUCGCGACAUUCUCGGUGGAAACUCCCCAAGGUGAACCCCAAAAGAGACUCUCUUUCUUUUUUGGGGCUCCAAAGUGUUGUUUAUCGCAGACUUAAGAUAGUUAACAAAAAGCUCCCACUCUUUGGAGAAUUUUAAGAGCACCUCAAAAGAGAUAAGACUACGAGCUUCCGACGACUUUUGGAUGGAGGGCCACUUUCAGUGACGAUAAAAGUGGCCGCGGAUCAAGUCCGCCCGCAAAACUUUCCACACACAAUUUAUGUGUACUGCCGACAGAUUAGUUGACCCACAAGUAGCAACAAAAAAGAACCAUGUUGUCACAGAAUUUGCGCCUCGUCCGGGGAUUGGUUAAUUACGGAGUUUGCCGCCAGAGCUUGAGAAACUUUGCAGCCGUUGGCGAUAAAAACAACGCACCCGAUAAUGCCAGUGAUGUGGAUGAACGCCACCCGCUGCAUGGUAUCCGGAUUUUGGACCUAUCACGAAUCAUCGCCGGCCCCUAUUGCACAAUGGUUCUGGCGGAUCUCGGGGCGGAAGUCAUCAAGGUGGAGCGUCCACACUUUGGCGAUGAAGCCCGCAAGUGGGGACCACCCUUCCUUGAGAACAGCAACGAUGCCGCCUACUUCCUGGCGCCCAAUCGCAAUAAGCGGAGCAUCUGCAUCGAUAUCAAGCGCGGCACACAGCUCCUCCAUCGGCUGGUCGAGAUCAGCGACGUGCUGGUCGAGAACUAUGUGCCCGGCACCUUGGAGCGUUACGGCUUGGGCUACGAGCAGUUGCGUAAGGUGAAUCCCAAGCUGAUCUAUUGCUCUAUGACGGGGUAUGGCUCUGUGGGACCUUAUGCCAAGCGACCUGGUUACGAUGUGAUUGCCUCCUCGGUUGGAGGAUUGAUGCACAUUACCGGGGAACGGGAUGGGCCGCCCAGCAAGGUGGGCGUGGCUGUGACGGACAUGUCCACGGGAUUGUACGCCCAUGGAGCGAUUUUGGCAGCACUCUAUCAAAGGACACGCACGCAGCGUGGCCAGAAGAUCGAAGUCGACCUGUUGUCCACCUGCUGCUCCCUGCUGCUCAACGUGGGUAGUAACUACCUGAAUUCAGGAGUCGAAGCAGGAAGGAUGGGCACCGCACACUCCAGCAUUGUCCCGUAUCAGAGCUUCAAGACAAAGGAUGGCUAUCUCACCCUGGGCACUGGCAGUGAUGUUCAGUUUGAGGACCUGUGUCGUCGUCUUAAAGUGGAGCAUUUGGCGCAGAAUCCCAAAUUCAAGACCAACAAGGAUCGCGUGACUAAUCGAGUGGAGCUGCUGAGAAUCCUGGAGCAAAUGCUAUCCGAGGACACCUCGCGCCACUGGAUGAAACUCUUCGAGGGCGCCUCCUUUCCCGUGGGACCUGUUAACUCCAUUCCCGAGGUUUUCGAGGACGAGCAUAUCAAGGCCAUUGGCCUUGUAAAAAGCCUGCGGCAUCCAAAGGACGGAACCGUUAAGGUGGUGGGUCCCCCUGUGACCUUCAGCGAAGCGCGAAACGAUGCCCGGACAGCUCCUCCGAUGCUAGGCCAGCACACGGAUGAAGUUCUGGGUGAACUACUCGGUUGCGGGCCAGAUGAGCUGGCCAAGCUGAAGAAGGAUAACAUUAUUCAGUAAGCCUUCCAACUCGACAGGCUAAAGGGAUUUGAGUUCCUAAAUUCUCUGAUAAAAUCCUUUUUAUGUAAGUCAUUUCCGACCAACCAUUUCAGUGAUAAUCAUGCAUUUACGUUUAACCCGCC